AUGCCGGUGAAGAACCGCUACAACCUGGUGGACGAUGGCUGCGACUCCCGCGUGCCGCUGCACAACGAGGAAGCCUUCCAGCACGGCAUCCACUUCCAGGCCAAGUACAUCGGUAGCUUGGAUGUUCCAAGGCCCAACAGCCGUGUGGAGAUUGUGGCAGCCAUGAGGAGGAUCCGGUAUGAGUUCAAAGCCAAGAACAUUAAGAAGAAGAAGGUGAGCAUCAUCGUGUCCGUGGAUGGCGUGAAGGUGAUUCUGCGCAAGAAGCAGAAGAGAAAGGAAUGGACCUGGGACGAGAGUAAAAUGGUGGUGAUGCACGAUCCUGUGUACAGAAUCUUCUAUGUGUCUCAUGAUUCCCAAGAUCUGAAAAUUUUCAGCUACAUUGCGAGGGAUGGUGCUAACAACUCCUUCAGGUGCAACGUCUUCAAAUCUAAAAAGAAGAGCCAGGCCAUGCGGGUGGUGCGCACGGUGGGCCAGGCCUUUGAGGUUUGCCACAAGCUGAGCCUGCAGCACGCGCUGCAGAACGCCGACGGGCAGGCGGACGGCGCCAGCGACAAGUCUGUGGAGGAGCAGCCGCUAGAAGUCCACCAGAUGAAGGGCUCCAAGAGCACGGACGUGGAUGAGGUUGGCAUCGACCCUGAUGGGAUCUGUGUGCCAGAGAGGGGGCCUGGAGAGCUGCCUGCUGCCAGGGCCGAGCUCAGCAUGCUGAAACCCGGACAGGUCUCCAAGGACAAGAGCUGCCAGGAGCCUGAGAACUGCUCCCUGUACCCGGCCGGCUCCCAGCAGCUGCUCAGCCCGAGCAGCCCCUGCUCGUCGGCCUCCAUCACCCCGCUGGCCUCUCAGCACUGCCUGCAGCUCCUGCAGCAGCAGCUCCUGCAGCAGCAGCAGCAGACGCAGGUGGCCGUGGCUCAGGUGCAGCUGCUGAAGGACCAGCUGGCGGCGGAGACGGCGGCRCGCAUCGAGGCGCAGGCGCGCGUGCGGCAGCUGCUGCUCACCAACCGCGACCUGCUGCAGCACGUCUCGCUGCUCGUGAGGCAGCUCAAGGAGCUGGAGGUGAAGGCGCAGCGGCGGCAGCCAGUCGACCGCUCCCUGCAGAACCUGUCCCUGGCGCAGUCGCUGUCGCUGAACCUGAAGAACCACUACAGCCUGGACAUCAACCUGCCGUCCACCUCCACCCCCGCCAGCGUCCUGGGCAGCCCCGUGGGCCCCGGCCCCCUCUCGGCCCCGGCCUUGGGGGACUCCUACCUCAACCUCGUG